UUCAUCGAAUGCGCGAAACAAUACCAAUACGACGAUCCGAACUGCUUCGCAUUUCUCUCCAGAUGAACUUUCCCCAUCAACGAGGUCUCAUAAUCAAUCCAUCAGACCGUGCGCAGCUCCUUCGGGCACUGCCAGUGUCUCAGACUGCGAAUAUUCGGCCCAAGCCCUCCUCAGCCUGGUGACGGGGCUCAGUUGACAGCUCCUCCCGACUUGACAACUUGUCAGAGGAUUCCCCUGUGCAAGUUAAACACCCACCUUUCCACAAACAUUCUGAUCGCAAUCUUUCCUCUUCUCCACCCAACACAUCAAGAUGGCAUACAGACAGAAUUUCAAUCCAGACUCUCUGCCUGCAUUCGCAGAGCCUGAGAGGAAACAUGGCAAUAGCUCUUCUUCUUCCUCUACCCCGCAAUAUAAUCAACCCCCACCACAGCAAGCAUACUCAUCGAAACCCCCUCCUCCACUUCCUGCAGACCAACAAGCAGGUGGACGACGACUCUCACCACAAAUGCAACCCCAUGGGUACGGCACACCUCCUCCAAACCGCGGAUAUGCUUCUCCUCCACCUAAUCAGCAAUACGGUGGUGGCAGACCGGGCCAUUCUUCUCCUCCUCUACCACCACAACAACAAUACGGUACUGGCAGACCUGGCCCAGGAGGUCGCGCCCCUCCAAUCUCCAGACCACCUCCUUCUCCAGCACCACCAGCAGGCGCAGACCCCGCUCUCUGGCCCCUCUUCAAAGCCGUCGACAAAGCAGGAACCGGCAACCUCACAGAAAAGGAGCUCCGCGCAGCCCUCGUCAACGGCGACUGGACCUCCUUCGACCCUCACACGGUCAAGAUGAUGAUCCGCAUGUUCGACACGGACCGCAGCGGCACGAUCGGAUUCGAGGAGUUCUGCGGGCUCUGGGGAUUCCUCGCCGCGUGGCGGUCGCUCUUUGAUCGUUUCGAUACCGAUCGCUCGGGUAACAUCUCGCUGGAUGAGUACACGAAUGCGCUGGUGGCGUUUGGAUACCGACUCAGUCCGCAGUUUGUCGAUACGUUGUUCAGGACGUAUGAUAAGCGCGGGGAGGGAGCGAUUAGUUUCGAUCUCUUCGUGCAGAGUUGUAUUAGUUUGAAGAGGAUGACGGAUGUUUUUAAGAAGUAUGAUGAUGAUCGGGAUGGGUAUAUUACGUUGUCUUUUGAGGAUUUCUUGACCGAGAUCAUAAGACAAAGAUGAGGGACGGAAGUAGAGCAAUACGUGUUUUUGCGAGGUGCGGUGCCUUUGCAUUUGUUGUCAGUUGCGUGCGUUGAUGUUUGGAUGCAUUUUAUAGACAAUACGAUACCCAAAAGUCCUCUCACAUUUUUCGUACAUUGGAACUUACUUGCUUGUUGGACUCGAAAACCACGCUUUGUUAGUCUUUGGUCACCGUGUUUCGAGUGAAGCUUUAGAGCGUCGAUAAGAUACUAAGUUCUUAUUCGGAUUUCGCACAUUGACCUGUCGCAAAGUGCUUGUUCUGAGACUAGCCUUGUAAGACUCCUUUAUGUUUAAUAUCUUUUUCGGUGAAUAUACAAUUCUCUGCUGUGCGAAUAUUCAACAAAGAUUGACCUAGAAGUCUUCUUGAAAUUUCGGUCAUUGAUUGAUAGCAAAAUGUCUGUUUAAUGAUACCGAGAAUGCAGUUAAUCGCUUUUGACCAAUAUCU